AUGUGCAGGUCAGCCUCCUCAAUUAUGCCUCCGCGGCGCGACGCGGACUUAACGCCAUUGAUUUUUUUUUGCUCCAUAGACCUCUCGCCUUCUUUUGUCGCAGCUAUUUUUCUUCAGUGCGUGCGUUGUUUUCUCAUUUUUUUAAACUCGUUAUUGAAGAAUUUUUCUUUCUUAUUUUUCUCAUUCAUCUAAUUUCUUAAGAUGUCCGACUCCUACGACGAGAAACCAAUGCAGACUUCUGGUACAAAGCGUUCCCAGGAAAGCGGAGACGGCCCAGCUAUGAAAAAGCAACAUCUCGGCGACGAUGAAGGGAGUGAGUUGCUUAUUUGUUCUAUUUCAUUCAAAUUUUUCUUUUUAAGCUGAAAAUUUGGCCAUCAAGAUCCUUAUCCCAUCGGCAGCCGUCGGCGCUAUUAUUGGAAAAGGCGGCGAAGCUAUGCGUUCGUUGAAAAACGACAACAAUUGCCGUGUACAAAUGAGCAAGAGCACUGAAACUUAUCCAGGUCUUUUCAAAUCGUUUUUCAUUUUGGUUAUAAUACUUCAGGCACUAGCGAGCGCAUAUGUCUCGUGAAGGGAAGGCUGCAAAACGUACUUACUGUCAUUGAAAUAAUUAUGGAUAAAAUCCGGGAGAAGUGUGGUGACAGUAACGGAAAUGAUGCAUUCGACCAUAAAAACACCAGCCGUGGUAACGAAGUAAGUUUGAGCAAACAAUGUUUUUGAAAAAAAUUAUGCCGUGUUUCAAGUGAUUCCGCGAAAUCCAAAGCAGCCGAAAGAUUGAAAGAAAAAAUAGUUUUGGAUUCUGCGGAAUUCACUUUGAUCACCCCGUUACUUCCACAGCUGUAUAUCUAUAUGAACUAUGUUGGAAAUUAGUAGUUUCAAUUGUAUCAAACAAGUUUUCAGGUUAAAAUUGUGAUGCCAAACACAUCAGCCGGUAUGGUCAUCGGAAAAGCCGGAGCCAACAUAAAAGACAUUCGUGAAACCUACUCAUGUCAAAUCCAAGUAACGUAACAUUUCAUUUUUUUUUAAACAAGAUAUAUCAGGUCUUUCCCAAAGCUGGAUCCAAUGAAGCUAAGAGCUCUUUGGAGCGUAUAGUCACUGUCGCACACGACGAUCAAUCGGUCAGCUACAGAGUUAAGAUUUUUCGUUAACUUUAUUCGUUUAGCAACUCAUGCAAGCUACGGCUCGCGUUCUAGAGAAAGUUGCAGCUGAUCCGCAUCACAACAGCGAGAUUUCCAAGGAGGAUUUCGGCGGAAAGCAAAGUGUAAUAUUUCAAAUUUAUAUAUUAUUUUUUUCAAAAUUCGCGUUAAGUUCACUUCCGGCAACACUACCACCAGCACUCCUUUCACUUCUUCCUCGGCUUUCAACAACAGCAACACGUCGCAACCUGCGUUCGGACAAGCUCAAGCUUCGUUCAGUAACACAAGCUACGGCUAUGGAAAUGGUACAAUGAAGUACAACCCCAUGUCUGGUCUAGGAAACCAAGAGGUUCAUCAUUCAUCUUUGUUUUCUUUCAAAACUUUUUUCAGCUCCUUUCUUUCCUCGACAACCUCCAGUCGACUCUUCGUACUUCUGGCUUCAAUGAGUCGAGUGUCUCAGAAGUGAUGCAAGCGAUGCAGGUUUUGAUACAGAUAGUAAUAUAUUUCCAAAAAUAUCUUCCCAGGUUCUCGCAAAGUACAACAUCAUGGGCCUCGGGUUAGGGCUCGGUGUUGCUGCAAUGGCACAAAUGAGAACGGGUCAAGAAACGGCUCAAAUGCCGGCAAAUCAUGGCGCUGCUGGUUUUGGAGAUGGAUACUCCAUUGGAGGAGCUGAACAGGUACGGCUUCGAAACUACAAUUAACAGCUCCACUCGAAGCUCAUAUUUAUUUUUUUCUAUCUUUUUUUUAAAAUUUAAAACGAUCGUGCGUCAAUAUCAUUUCAUGUUAUCCUUUUCUUCCUAUGCAUACUCAACUUUUUGAUCUCAUCUCUUUGGUCAUCUUUUUCAAAAUCUUUCCUUAUGGUAAUAGCCCACCGGUCGACGCACGACCGUGUUUGUAAAAUCAACUUUUUUUUCUUUUCUUAUCUUUUUUUUUCCUAUGCCUAAUCCUUUUUCAGCCAUACUGGCGGCGAUGA